AUCCAUGGUUGCAACUUCAAAACCACGUACAUUAUACGAAAAAGUAUUCGACGAUCAUGUCGUUACAGACGAUAAUGGCAACAACAUCAUGUUCAUUGAUCGUCACUUAGUGCACGAAGUAACUUCCCCUCAAGCUUUUGAAGGUUUGAGAAACGCUGGCAGAAAAGUUAGAAGGCCAGAUUGUACACUCGCCACCGUCGACCACAAUAUACCAACUUCUAAGAGAGAAAACUUCAAGUCAAUCUCUACUUUCAUCGAGGAACAAGAUAGCCGUACCCAGUGUGCAACUUUAGAAGAGAAUAUCAAAGAGUUCGGUUUAACUUACUUCGGUAUGGAUGAUUCCAGACAAGGUAUUGUCCACAUUAUCGGUCCAGAACAAGGUUUCACUCUCCCUGGUACUACUGUUGUUUGUGGUGACUCUCACACUUCUACUCACGGCGCUUUCGGUGCCUUAGCUUUCGGUAUCGGUACAUCCGAAGUUGAACACGUCCUUGCCACCCAAACUUUGCAAUCUAGGAAAUCUAAGAACAUGAAAGUAUGCGUUGAUGGCCCUCUUGGUGAAGGUGUCACCUCAAAAGAUUUAGUUCUUCACGUUAUUGGUAUUAUCGGUACUGCAGGUGGUACUGGAUGCGUUAUUGAAUUCUGUGGUAGCACUAUACGCUCACUUUCAAUGGAAGCUAGAAUGUCGAUUUGUAAUAUGGCUAUCGAGGGUGGUGCUAGAGCUGGUAUGAUCGCACCAGAUCAAAUCACAUACGAUUACCUCAAAUCAAGACCUUUAGCACCAAAAGGUGAAGAAUGGGACAAGGCCAUAAAAUACUGGUCAACUCUUCAAUCGGAUCCAGAAGCUAGCUACGACAUUGAAGUUAAUAUCGAGGCAAAGGAUAUUCCACCAACCGUCUCUUGGGGUACAUCUCCACAAGAUGUCGUGUCCAUUACCGGAAACGUCCCAAGCCCAGAAUCUUUCCCAGAAGGUCCAAAGAGACAAGGUUGCGAGCGUGCACUUGAGUACAUGGGAUUAAAAGCAGGUGCAAAAAUGUCGGAAAUUCCAAUUGAUAAGGUCUUCAUCGGAUCAUGCACAAACUCACGUAUUGAAGAUCUUAGGGCCGUCGCUGCCGUCGCUCGUGGUCGUAAAGUUGCAUCAAACGUCAAGCUUGCCAUGAUUGUCCCUGGAUCUGGUAACGUCAAACGUCAAGCUGAAGCUGAAGGAAUUGAUAGAGUUCUCACUGCUGCUGGAUUUGACUGGAGAGAAGCAGGUUGUUCUAUGUGUUUAGGUAUGAACCCAGAUCAAUUAUCACCACAAGAAAGAUGUGCAUCUACAUCUAACCGUAACUUUGAAGGUAGACAAGGUGCAGGUGGUAGAACUCACUUGUGUUCUCCUGCAAUGGCUGCUGCUGCUGCCAUCACUGGUCGUCUGACCGAUGUUAGAGAAUUAGCACCAGCAUUACCAUCUUCAACUAGCGAUAGUGAACCUGCACUCAAAAUCCUCGAUCCUAAAGACUACACAACCAAUCAAUCUACACUUAAACUUUCAGAAGCUAAACCUCAAGGCCCACCAGAAACUGACGGUGCUCCUUCAGCUGUUCAACAAGCUACAAGAGCAGCAGCAGCAGCUGGAAUGACCAAGUUCACAGUUGUUAAAGGUUUAGCUGCAGCUUUAGAUCUUCCAAAUAUCGACACAGAUAUGAUUAUACCGAAGCAAUUCUUGAAGACGAUCAAGCGUACUGGUUUAGGUAGUGCUGCUUUCUAUGGUAUGAGAUAUGACCCACAAACCGGCAAGCCUGAUCCUAACUUCGUACUCAACCAAGAACCAUGGACUAAGGCAUCUAUUUUAAUCAACGUAGGUGGUAACUUCGGUUGUGGUUCUUCUAGAGAGCAUGCUCCAUGGGCUUUACUCGACCAAGGCAUUAGAUGUAUCAUUUCUACAUCAUUUGCUGAUAUUUUCUUCAACAAUACCUUCAAAAACGGUAUGCUUCCAGUCGUGCUGCCGCAAGAAGAUGUCGUAAAACUUUCACAAGACGCUAAGGAAUCAAAGGAAGUUGAAGUUGAUCUUGAGAAUAAGGUAGUAAAACGCUAUAACGGAGAGAGUAUUCCAUUUAACGUCGAUGAUUUCCGUCGUCAUUGUCUUCUUAAUGGUUUAGAUGAUAUCGGAUUGACUUUACAAAAGGAGGAUGAUAUCGUCACAUUCGAAAAGCGCAGAUCAGAAACAUGGCCAUGGUUAGACGGUCAAGAAUACGCCGGUAGAACGUUCAACCCUCCUAAAUCCAAGAGUCAGAAAAUGGAUUGGUAAACUUGUUUUCGCAGAUACAUUGUUUUGUUAUAAAAAAAAAAUCAGCCGAGUGUAUCACCUUUGAAGGUAUGUUCUGCGUGAUAGAGGAUGAGUUUUCAACGGUGAUGACAUAUUGAAACGCUUUAUCGGAGAUUUGUUUACACCUUCGAAAGGACCUAAUCUGUUGAAAUUGUAUGAUGAGAUCCUGUCGUUAUUUGACGUAUGUUGUGUUGAGUAAAUGUUGGCAGAAGCUACCCUAUUUGGUGUUGGAGGAAUAUGAGCUCCUUGAAUGGUAGGUGUGUGCAUCUGCAUUGAUUAUAGGUAUGAAUAAUAUAAAAAAACCUUUAUAUGCUCACCCUAUCUGAGGGUGGUAUUUGUGCUGCAGAUCUUGAUAGUCUUUCAUAAUGUAUUCCUUGUCUCUUGGUGUCACUUUUGCUCUUCAGCCUUCUAAUUUCAUUUUCCUGCUCUUGGUGUGACUUCAAGAUGUUCUGUAGUUUGCGACGCUCACUGCCUAAUUCUGCGCUAAUGCUGUUAAUUUGCAUUUGAAGAGCUAUAAUUGAGUUGAUUGAAUAAUAAGAAGUAACCAUUGGAUCACCCACUUGCGAUCUCAUUGUUAGCUUGAUGCAACUGUUAGAAAACAUGUAUAUGUCCGAUUUGAGACAUACAUUCUCUCGCCUGAAUUUCUGACUUACGCUCAAUGACAGCAAGCUUCUCUUGUGAAUCCCUGAGAAGAAUAGACUGAAAUGAGCUCUCUUCAGAAUGCUGGUAUUGCCAGAAUCUGAUAGCCCUUCCUGCGAUGUCAAAUAUCAAAGAAGGGGAUAGUCCAGCUAAGCAACUACUCUUGUAAUCUUCCGUUGGACUGAGUGAAUUGAGCUGGCUAUCAAUUUCAGCGCUUAUCUAAAUAAUAAUUAACCUGCAAUGAUAUCAUCUGGUUCAUGUAAACUAGUAUGACAAGCUGGACAAUUGUGGCUAUUUUCGAAGAGAUCUGUAGCGCAUCUGAUGCAAAAUAUGUCUAUUAUUAUAAGUUGUUGAUCAUAUAUAGCUUUAGAUAGUCCCACGAGAGCACGUCGUCGUUACUAACAAAGAACUGAGAGAUGAAGGUGUAAAAUGGGAGAUAAGCAUACCAGCUUUGGUUUCAUUUAUUAAUAAUUUUCUACAUCUCAAGCUAUUGCACCUCAAAUCGUUUUCUUCGUCCUGC